AUGUGGCGGCCAUCGGUAAGCGUAUUGAAGAGAAGAUUUGGCAUAGAUGAAGACGAAGAUAACGAAGAAGUAGAAGAAGCUAGACGAGGAAUGAGGACCCCCUCUCUGGUAAGAGAAGAUGUUGCUGAGCUUUGGGAGAAGAUACAAGAUAUCAAGAGCACGUUUGGUGCAAUUAGCACUCAUUCAAAAAGUAUCAUUCCCACUGCUCUCAAAAAUAUCCUGCAAAAACAUGAAUUUGCCGAUGCUGAGGAAAUACUGAACAUUGCUGAGACACCCAAAUCAAAAGCAGAGGCAGAUGCGUUUGUGGCGCUCGUCGGCGGUCGUUUCGUAGAAAGCAUCGAUAUUACUAGUAAUGGUUCGUGGGCAUUCAUCACACAGGUCGAAGCCUACCUGAGGGCAGAAAAGAAAUAG